AUGGAUCGAGGAUAUUUGCAUCUAUCUAUCUAUCUAUCUAUCUAUCUAUCUAUCUAUCUAUCUAUCUAUCUGUUUCAUUAUCGUUUAAUAUGGCAAAUUACGGUCAUCUAUCUAUCUAUCUAUCUAUCUAUCUAUCUAUCUAUCUAUCUAUCUAUCUAUUUUGGUCCGUUCAUAGUUCUCUCUUUCUUUGUCUGUCUUUAUUAUUUAUCUCAGACAAAACAUAUCAACGUGCAUUUUUCUUUCUAUCUAUCUAUCUAUCUAUCUAUCUAUCUAUCUAUCUAUCUAUCUAUCUAUCUAUCUAGCUCGCUAGCUAUCCCACCAGCUAUCACAUUCCUAUCUAUCUAUCUAUCUAUCUAUCUAUCUAUCUAUCUAUCUAUCUAUCUCAAUUCGUUUAUCUAUCUAAUUGUCUAUCUGUCCAUCUAUCUCAGUUCAUCUAUCUAUCUAUCUAUCUAUCUAUCUAUCUAUCUAUCUAUCUAUCUAUCUAUCUAUCUCAAUUCGAUUGUCUAUCUAAUUGUGUAUCUGUCCAUCUAUCUAUCUAUCUAUCUAUCUAUCUAUCUCAAUUCAUUUGUCUAUCUAAUUGUCUAUCUGUCCAUCUAUCUCAGUUCAUCUAUCUAUCUAUCUAUCUAUCUAUCUAUCUAUCUAUCUAUCUAUCUAUCUAUCUAUCUAUCUUCCAGUCCACUCAUCCAUCUAUCUAUCUCAUCAAUUCUUCUAUCUAUCUAUCUAUCUAUCUAUCUAUCUAUGUCAAUUCUUUUAUCUAUCUAUCUGAAUCAAUUUUUCUCUCUCUAUCUCUCUAUCUCAAUCAAUUUUUCUAUCUAUCUAUCUAUCUAUCUAUCUGAAUCCAUCAUUCUAUCUCUCUGUCUAUCUAUCUAUUACAAUCAAUUUUCUAUCUAUCUAUCUAUCUGUCUAUCUAUCUAUCUAUCUAUCUAUCUAUCUAUCUAUCUAUCUAUCUAUCUAUCUCAAUCCAUUAUUCUAUCUAUUUGUCUAUAUAUCUAUCAUAAUCAAUUCAUCAUUCUAUCUAUCAUAAUCAAUUCAUCUAUCUAUCUAUCUAUCUAUCUAUCUAUCUAUCUAUCUAUCUAUCUAUCUAUCUAUCUAUCUAUCCCAGCCUUGUCCACGGCUGGAGAUGAAUCACUUCCGUUGAAAGCUUCAAUUCUUCUAUCUAUCUAUCUAUCUAUCUAUCUAUCUAUCUAUCUAUCUAUCACUGUCAAUUUUUCUAUCUCUCUAUCACUGUCAAAUCUUCUAUCUAUCUAUCUAUCUAUCUAUCUAUCUAUCUAUCUAUCUAUCACUGUCAAAUCUAUUUAUCUAUCUAUCACUGUAAAUUCUUCUAUCUACCUAUCACUGUCAAAUCUUCUAUGUAUCUAUCACUGUCAAAUUUAUUUAUCUACCACUGUCAAAUCUAUCUAUCUAUCUAUCUAUCUAUCUAUCUAUCUAUCUAUCUAUCUAUCUAUAUAUCUAUCUAUCUAUCUAUCUAUCUCUGUUAAUUCUUCUAUCUAUCACUGUCAAAUCUAUCUAUCUAUCUAUCUAUCUAUCUAUCUAUCUAUCUAUCUAUCACUGUCAAACCUUUUAUCUAUCUAUCACUAUCAAAUAUUCUAUGUAUCUCUCACUGUCAAAUCUUCUAUAUAUCUAUCUAUCUAUCUAUCUAUCACUAUCAAAUCUUCUAUCACUGUCAAAUCUAUCUAUCUAUCUAUCUAUCUAUCUAUCUAUCACUGUCAAACCUUUUAUCUAUCUAUCACUAUCAAAUCUUCUAUCUAUCUCUAA